AUGAGCUCUUUGGAUAAAGAAAACAUUUUUACAUCCCAAUUAGAGCUUGUUUCUCUUCAUGUUAUUGGAUUAUUUGAUGAUAUAUCUUCGUCAUUUAAGCCAGAUUCAUUCGCAUCCCUUCUGGAGUUUCUACCGACAAUAAACUUCGAUACAAACGAGUUGAAUCGAUGUAUUGAUCUUGCAGCAAUUGCUGGAUCAGAGUAUCCAAUUAAAAGCUUCCAGAUUCUUGAUAAAAUGUACGGAUAUUCACAAUUUACUCAAGUUUCUUAUCCAGAGGAUUUAUCAACAAAUUUCUGCUGCACAUUUCUUCACCGCGAAGAGUGGGAAAACGAAAUUAUUAAAUAUUUGAUGAUGUACCUAUUUGCUCGCGUAUUUGCGAGUUUAAUUUCAAACAUUGUCCGUAGAAUUGAGAAAUUCGAAAGAUCAGAUAUGGAUUUCUUAAUGGGCUCAAUUUAUAACAUGAACAUCGAUGCUUCUGUUUAUCCAGAAAAAAUGCAGCAAAUUAUUAAACUUUUAGCUGAACCAUGGUGCAGCGUCGCUGCAGAAAUAUCAGUACAUGCUCCUGCAGCAACAACUUACAACAUUUUAUACUGCGAAUUGGACUCUACGUUCGAAAUUUCAUAUUUCUUCGCUGUAUACUGUUCGCAAGUCAAAAUUUUCGAUGAAGAAUCCGAAAUCAACAAAGAUCUACUCAAUUUUCUCAAAAUUAUUGAAACAAGAUUCGAAUCAGCGAUAAGUGACUCUUCGAAACGAGAAUUACUAGCAUUAUUACUUUACAAUGUCUUUGGACAAUUGUUAUCCGUACUUCCGGAACUAAAAACUAACGAAGGAAUUAAUAAUAUCUACAAUUUAAUUCUUGUCUACAUAGAAAAGGAUUCAAACGUUCGGAACUCGAUCAAAGUAAUUACAUUGUUAUCAUCUUUCCUUGACAAACCCAUAGAAUACCUUUAUUCCCCAAAUUUGAAUCCAAAAAUCAGAUUAGAAGCGAUGACAAUAGCCGUUAGAGGCCAAAACUUCACUACCGAUGUUCAGAUACCCGAUACUAUUUCGAAAUGGGAGUAUUCUCCUAAAGCAAACGAGAUUUGCAGAAAAUGUAUUCAAUAUAUCAACAAUUCUAUGAAAGAUUACAUCCAAUUCCCCAAAGAAUUCCAUGGAUUCAUCAUCCAGAUAUCGCAUGUCAGUAUUACUGACUUCCAAACGCUUUUAAAGAGUCUCCAAGCGAAAAAGGACUAUUGCGCUUCUCUUUUCUUCGACGAAAUGAGUUAUUUCUUGAUGCAUGGUGAAUACAAAGACCUACAAUCAGUUGCAAAGCGUAUUGCCGUUGAAGAUAAUAUUGAUAGAUACGUAAAGUCAUUUAACUUGAUUGGAGUCAAUUGCAAAUCAUCAUAUAAAUAUACCUCAUUGACAAACUGCAACAAUAACCCUCUAGAUAGCUAUAUUGGACAAAAUGAACUUUCAAAUGCGUUUAUUUCGUUUAAGGAGACAAAAUGCAAUAUGACAAUCGAUAUUCCUACUGAUAUUAGUAUGCAUUUGGCCGAUUGGAGAAGAAAAAUUUCAACAUAUACAAAACAAAUUUAUUAUUUAGAGAAAAGUUCAUUUGUAAAGGCAGAUGAUGAGAAACAACCCGAUCCAGAAUUAUAUGACGAUAACAAAUCAUUGAUUUAUUCGUUGAUUAACUACAUAACAUUUGCAUAUCAGAGUGGAGUCAACGAAAUGCCUUCUCUGAAGUCACUCAUCAGCUUAUUGGUCCAUCCUAAUAUUGAUAUCGGUAACAAAGCUCUUUGGGCUUUGCAGUAUUCCAUAUUAAAACUUCUUCCCCUUUCUCCAAUCAUUAUUAGCACAAUCCUGAAGCUCAGCCUGUCUAAGGAAUUUUUGACCGCUCCGAAAAUCACUCUGAAUCUAUCCGCUCUUUGCAUUAUUAUCCCGGUUCUCAGAUAUCAAUUGUCUUUCCAAGCAAUGGCUGAUAUCGAGAAGCUCAUAUUCUACGGCCUUCUGCAACAAUCAUUCGCCGCUAGAACGAAAGCUUUGGAAUUGGUUGAGAUAAUUCAAGAAUCCAGCCAAUUUGCAAAAUUUAUCGUUACCAAUAGGAAUAAAAUAUCAGAACUUGGUCAGAAAAGAGCGGCAAUGUUCGUUGGAGUUGGUUUAAGCAAAGAAUUAUCGGAUAUUGAUUUAUCUUUCAAAGAUAUUGCAAAUUCAUCGAACAAUGCUCUUUAUUUCAUAUACUUUGCUGCAUUUUGCAUGGUCUUACAUAAGAAAGAUCAACAAUUAGAGUCACAAUUGUUAGAAUCAAUUGAUACAUGUCCGGAUACACUUCUAACGAUAUCUAAUGGAUAUUUCUAUUGUCUAACUCUAUGUUUCAGAGCUAUUUGUUCCUCAAUUCCCGAUACAAUCAUGAAUACAGCAUAUGGAGUGAUAAAUCCCAACCAAAACACAGAUUUCUACUUCGCUCUUGCGAUUUCUCAUGUUCAAAUGAAAGACCAAGAUGCAAUUUUCCGAAAUCUGGCCAAUCAUCACCCACGAGGACAAGCAGCAGCGUGUUCUCUCGCUUAUAUUCUGUCUCUUAAUGACGAGUUCUGCACGAUGCAGGCAGAAAAAUACACUCCUGGCUUCAAAUAUUUCCAUGAUAAUCUUUUGAAGUACUACAGGAAAGGAAUUGUCCCAGAAAUACCAUCUCAUACUAUCAAGAAUGAAUAUUUCAAGACAGCUGACUCUCUAAUGCCUUUGUUUUCCAUUUCUAUGUUCUUGGCUGCCCUUGGAAACAUAUUUAAGAAGCUGAUUUACAUCUACAACUCUCCAAGAAGAGGUAUUUUCGGUCUUUGUUACUCUCCUCCAACUAAUUUCGAACAUGAAUGUUGCGAUACUUCAGUUUUCACUUUUAUUUACAACAUGACGUCCAUUGAUAUGGAUUGGCCGAAGAUGUGCGCUGAAUAUGCAUUAACACAAUGGGUUUUCUUCGGAAAUAUUUCCGAUGAAAUGGCAGAAAGUAUUUUACCUUUCUUUAUCGGCACAGAAUUCUCCACAAAUAUCCUUGCCAGUCACUUUUCCACUCUUCUGAGAAAAUUUGUCGACCAAUCAGUGAAUUUAUCAUCCAGAUUGAAGGCGAUUUGCAACCAGUUCGACAUAACAAUGCGUACAUCUGAGAAGAUAUGCAACGAGCAGAUCAGUUUCUUGUUCGGAAAGCUUCUUGCUGUUGGAUUCACCGCGAUUUCGUUUGGAGAUGAGAGUUUACGCGAGAAAGGCUUCAAUCUCCUUCUCUGUAUCACUUCUGGAACGUAUUCUCAAGGACAUUCCCAGGAGGAAACAGAGAGAUUCAUCGCGGAAUUGGAAGAAUACAAAUCUGGUGUCUGCAGUUCGUAUUCUGACAUUGAUUUAUCAGUAAGUUUGCUUUCACAGUGUCUAUCAAACUAUUUCACACAGAUGUCGGAGCUGUUUAUCUCUGCUGUUUUUCAUUUGGAAAAAGAAUUCCAUCCACAAGCGAUAAAUCGAAGAAAUUCAGUUGUUUUAGCAAACAUUGAUACACAAGAACGUGGAAAAGAUAUCGCAAUUCCAAAAUUACUCAAUUUAUUGCAGCCAUGGUUGAAAUUUGCUGAUCUUUCCUCAAAAUCAACGCUUAUUAACAACUGCCCUCGCAUGCUCUCAUGCUAUACACCUUACACGUUCAUCUCCUCUUUACUUAGUUUGAGAUGUGCAGAUCCACUCAGCUCCGCAGUGGCCGCAGUCAUCGCAGGCAUGGCCAGCAGCUCUCCAAACAACGCUCUGACGACAUUCGCCAACUUAUUAUACGUAAUUAACGUGAAAAAGGAUUUAUAUCCUCAAACUUUGUCGUCAUUGACACUUGUAUUGACAGUUAUGAGCUCUACAUUGUCCCCUCACCUCUUGGCUGUCACGAGAGUUGAAUCUUGGUUCGCAUUAAACGCAUCUUACAUAAAACAGCAGUUUGACUUCAAGAAGACCAUGAAAGUAUCAAUCGAAAUAUUAACGCAGCUGAUCGACGAAGGCUCCGAUGAUAUUUUGGCUCAUAGACAUUUGAUAUUAGCUUUUGCUUUGAUAACAGGGCCAAUCUUUAAGGACAAAUGCGAAGAAUUGAUGUCGGCAAUCACCAAACAGGCCAUAAACGCCAAUUCCAAGCACCUUUACCUUAAUUUCCCUCAAACUCACGCCGACCAAUUAACUCGCGGCAUCGUUUCUGGUCACAGGCCUGAACAGAUUGUUGAUUGGUACAGCUCUUUCAGUCAGGAACAGAUGGUACAAGUGAAAGAUAUGCUCUUGAAGUGGGCUUUGUGCUGUUUGGACUUACCUGUAUCAGCGUCUGCCUUUGCCUUACUCAAUGUCCUGCAAAUACCUCUCAACGAGGACGAAAACGAGGCAAUUGCUAUGACUUUGAUAAGAUUCGCUCAGAGUUUACAUAACUCUACAACAACCGUUUUGGAUGAAAACGGUUUGAACUAUUUGAUGACAGCAAACAACGGAUUUAUCUCAGAAAAGCUGUAUGGAAUCGUUAUUAUCUCAAGCGGACUCAUGCUUCUCAAAAGUAACUUGAAUAUGAAGUUAUUAGAGAUAACAAGCUCAUUCUUAGCAUGCACAGAUGAUGAGUUGAGUCCGAUAUACUCAGCAUCGUUGUUAUCCGUAAAAGAAGCGUUCGAAAAAGAAGAAUUAUUGACAUCUAUGGAUUUCAGCAAUAUAUUAUUGAUUAUUCUGACGAAUAUCAACUCAGAAUCAUCACUGAGUAUUGUAAGAAGAGUUCUUUGUGUCUGUUUCGUUAAGAAACCACAGUGGUGUCAAAUAUUAUUGCCUUUCAUCCAGUUUUGCUUAGCUCCUCUUGUCUGGAACCAACGCGGAGACAAGAGCAAGUACCAAUCCGUGUUCGCGGCCGCUGAAGAUACUUCUUUGAAGAUGUUGAUCAACACAACUUCUGAUAAAUACAUCAGAACGUUCUAUUGGCACGCAGUUACUGAACUAUCCCAAAAGAACAUCUCAGAUGCUGCUGCUUUCUUUGCAAAAAUCACUAAAUACGGUGAUUCUACUGAAGCACAAGCGAGUUACUUACUUUUAUCGGCAAUGCUUGAUAAAUUCCACGUUUCCGAGAAAACACCAGGCAUCCAGAUCGCUCUUCUCCAGGCUGUAAACACUAGAGAUGAAUUUUUGGUAGAUUCAGCGACGGUUUUCCUAAAAAGUGCCGUUCGUGCAAAAGUGACAACAAUUUCGCAAGUUGGUUCAAUGAAGAAAACGAAGGAAUUUCCGGAAAUACAGACGAGUGUUUACAUAGAAAAUGUUGUUUGGAAUUAUUAUAAUGGAGCAUUUGAUUCUUAUAAAACUUGCCCUCCUUUGCAAGUUGUUGACUUGGAAGAUGCUAAUUAUAUCCCUGAGAAGGCUAAAAUUGAGCCUUUCUCUACUUGGUACAAUUGUAUCAACGUUUUACCUGAUUUACAAUCUGUACUGAAUAUUGCAGACUUAGGAAGGUUUGCUUAG